AUGGAUGAGCUGGCCAGCGCGCAGAACCUUUUGAGUGAGGGUGAUGCACAGGCUGCAGUGGAGUGCUUGGAACGUGUUUCCAAAAGCUCCGGUUUAGGGCUGGAUGGACAUUUGCUAAUGGCAGAGGCCCUGUGGACACGAGCCGGACCCGGUGGCACGGAAGCUGCGCUGCCACACUACGAAGCAGCUUUGACGUUGGCAGGCUCGGACGUUUCCAAGAAGGCGACGGUGAGUCUUGGCUACGGCUUCGCCCUCCUGCAGUUGAAGCACCUGCCCCGAGCACGGCAGGAGCUCCUGAAGGCACGAAGUCUUGCUGAGGAGGACGGGAAUGCGGCGGCUGCUCAGUUUGUAGACAGCUUGCUCCAAAAUACGGAAAGUACGGAAGCGGCUACUCUAGAUGAUGCGGCGAAGGCAACAUGGCUCGCGUUCGCAGGUGCCUAUGCAAACGAUGAACGACCUGUGCUGUUUAUGCGGGGAACCAUACACGAGCCACUGGAUGCAGCGAGUGCUCAUGGCGUUGAAAAGCUGAGAGCUUCUGGAGCCAAGUCAAUGAAGGUGGUUGACUUGAGUGAGACAGGACCCGACUUACCUGGAGGCCUGCAGACGCUGGCAGAUGUGGGAAUCGAGCUUCCGCAGCUCUACCUGAAGGGAGCCGCCGUUGAGCACUGGAUGGGACUCGAGACUGGCGAGCUCCGUCGACGGCUUGAAGACUCCGGGGUCGCCAUGAAGGAUCCCGACAGCGAACCCUGCCACGGCACCUUCUCUGACGGGCUUGCGGACUGGGAGGUGGCCCUUGUUGAGAUGAUUUCGGUGUCGGGACCUGGAGAUUGGGAGGAGAAGGCCAAGGCUUUGACGAAGAAAGGGUUUGAGGAUGCUCCAAAGACCGCCGGAUUGCUGGAGGAGGCUUGGCAGAAGCUGGCCCCUUCCAUAAAGACGAAGCUGGAAAGCCAGCCGGAGAUGCCGUGCGGGCACUCGUGCAAUACCUGCCCAACCAAGCACGACUGUCAGCUACACGAUGCAGUGGGCCAUGUCAGAGACAUAGAAGACCUCAUCUGA